CCUUGUUCCACGCAGGCAGCCUAACCUGAGGCCAUGGUGACCCAGCAGGUGGGCAGCAGGGGGCAAGUGGCCGCCGAGCUGUUUGAACGGAGAAGGGGCAGUCGCUGUGAGGACAAAAAGCAGACGCUGUUGGCGUUGCUGGUCCUGGUGCUGUACGUGAGCACAGGAAUAUCAGGAAGAAGUUGGGAGGUAUUAGAAGGGAUCAGAGGAUGUAACUACCCCCAGAAUCCUGUGGCUUCUCAGAGGUUUGAAUACCAGACCAACGAACCCUCAGAAGAGCCGGUAAAGGUCAUGAGGACGUGGUUGAAGGAGAACUUGCACGUUUUCUUGGAGAAGCUAGAGAAGGAGGUGCGAGAGCUGGAGCAGCUGGUACAGGACCUGGAGGAGUGGCUAGAUGCCUUUCUGGGAGAGGGGCACUCGGAGGAACCCUGUUCCACCUUCAAUAAUCACUUGUGAGGGGCUGGGGCUGGGACCCAGGGAGGAGGCCAAGUGGACGGCAGGAAAGAAUUGCCAGGGGCUCCUCACAGAGCCGUGAGCUGUGACACUUGAAGUUCAAAGGAGGCAAGAAAAUAAAAGAGUUG